UUUCAUUGUUUGACAUUUAGGUUUUAUCAUCAUUAAGACCUUUCAAAUUCAAGAAGUUACGGUUUCUGUGUUUUUUUUAUUAGUUUGAUCAUUAUUGUGGCAUAUUUGCACAAUACACUUUUUUAUUACCGUAAUUUAGUCCUCCCACAUUUCACGCUUGCAAUAAACUAGGGUAAAAUUCAAAAUCAAUCGAUGAUAAGAGUGACUCACAAAAUAUUCAAUGUGAAAUGCUUUGGUGAUCUAUGCAUUGCACAAAGUGUUGAGCACUCCAUGGGUGACGCGGUAAAGUCUCAAAACAAUAGUAGUACAUAGGAAAGCUUACAGUAACAUCAUGAAUUUACCAAGUUGUAUUUUCAAAUCAAAUGAGAUAUAUAGUCUCAAAAUUCCUAGUACAAUGUGCAUGGGAUGUCAAAGAAAAACUGUAAAAGCUUGACAAAAGUGAAUAUGAGAGAGAUGGAGAUUAUCAUCUUUUCUUAAAGCCUACAUAUAUCAAACAAACUCUCUUCUCAAUUCUCACAACACAAACCAAAAUGUCGAAAAAGCCCCUUCUCAUCUUCCUCCUCUUCACCCUCUCUCUCUCCGCCGCAGAGCCACCUUCCGCCGCCUGCAAUUCCACCCCUCACCGCAACCUAUGCCUCUCCAUCCUCUCCGCAUUCCGCCACGCUCCGCCGUCCAAUCCCCAAACCUACGCCAAGUUCUCUAUAAAGCAGUGCCUCAAUCACUCUCGCAAAUUAUCCAAUUCGAUCGCCGAUUUCGUCGCCGGAAAGCUGCUGCUGAGCGAUCCGGAGAUCGCGGCGCUCAACGACUGCAGGCAGCUGCAGGAGCUGAGCGCGGAGUACCUGGAGCUCAUCAGCGGCGAGCUGGUCGGAUCGGCCGCCGCGAAUCUGAGCGACGCGGUGGUGUCGCGGGUGCAGAGCCUGCUCAGCGCCGUCGUUACGAAUCAGGAGACGUGCUACGACGGAUUAGCGGAGGCGGGGAGCGCGAUCGGAGGCGCGCUCCUGGGAGAUGCGGCGGCGGUGUACAGCGUGUCGCUGGGGCUGGUCACGCAUGCGCUGGGGCGGGGGCGGGGGCGGGGGCGGCGGAGCGGGGCGGUGGAGUUGGAGGCGCGUUCCGAGUUUUUCGAGAUGAUACAUAUGCCUAACAAAGGACGAAUUCUAGAUGAAUUAUGGGAGCAAGGAAUUCAAGCAAAUGCCACCGUCACCGUCAGCCCCUACGGCGGCGCCAACUUCACGUCCAUAGGCGACGCCGUCACCUCCGCUCCCAACAACUCCGUAGUUGAAGAUGGCUACUUCGUCAUCUACGCCAAGCAAGGCUACUACCAGGAAUACGUCGUCGUCCCCAGGCACAAGAAGAACAUCAUGCUCAUCGGAGACGGCAUCAACACCACCGUAAUCACCGGAAACCGGAGCGUCAUAGACGGCUGGACAACCUUCAACUCCGCCACUUUCAUUGUGUACGGCGAGCGGUUCGUGGCGAUGGGGAUCUCGUUCGAGAACACUGCAGGGCCGGAAAAGCACCAGGCGGUGGCGGUACGGAACAGCGCAGACAUCUCAACGUUCUACCGGUGUAGCAUGGCGGGUUACCAGGACACCCUGUACGCCCACUCGUUGCGCCAGUUCUACAGGGAGUGCGACAUAUCGGGUACAGUUGACUUCAUCUUCGGAAACGCGGCCGCUAUCUUCCAGAGCUGCCGACUUUACAGUCGGAGCCCGCUCCCCAACCAAAAGGUGGCAUUCACAGCCCAAGGGAGGAGCGACCCGAACCAAAACACGGGCAUUUCGAUCCACAACUGCACGGUGGUGGGGGAGGCAGAGGCGGAGGCGAGCUACCUAGGGAGACCGUGGAAGCAAUAUUCUCGAACCGUGUACAUGGAGUCGUACAUCGGGGAGAUGAUCAAUCCGGUAGGGUGGUUGGAGUGGAACGACACCACCGGAUUGGACACGUUGUAUUACGGCGAGUAUCAGAAUUAUGGACCCGGGUCCGGAACAAGCAUGAGAGUCAAUUGGCCUGGCUAUACUAUUAUGAAUGCUACACAAGCUCUUAAUUUUACAGUCUUUAAUUUUACAAUGGGCCAUACUUGGUUGCCUUCUACCAACAUUCCUUUCAAUGCAGGUUUGCUGCAUUGAAAUUUAUUAUAUUUAUGUUGCAUUUUUAGAUAUAUUUAUAUAAGUACUAAAUUAUUUAUUGGAUUGGUUACAUAAACAUAGAGACUCGUGUCAUAUGGUA